GGGCGCCGACGGAUUGAAAAUUUACUUUCGCGCGUACGGUGAAAGCAAAGUGUGUGCGCGAUCGAAUCCCGCGGGUAAACAGCUGUAGAUAACAUAUUUUUCUGAUCAGAACGCCAUUUCCGCGAGUCCGUCGUAUAACAACAACGACGACGACGACGGCGGUAGUUCAAUCACACAUGCUUUACCAUAAUAUUUGUACUACAUGUUUACACGUCCGAACGCCCGUUUCUCCGGCCACCGCACCGGUCAGGCGGGGUGUCCGCCAACGUCAUACACGCACAUGUAUACUCACACGUUUAUUGUAAUAAUAAUAUGUGUAUAUGUUGUUACUCAUCAUCGUCGUUGUGGUCACUCUCAGAACGUGGCAGACGCGAGUUAACGAGUGAGAGAGAGUGAGAGAGAGAGAGUGAGAGGGAUCUUGUCCAUAGUAGUGGUAAUUGUGCCGCCGCCUCUCGGUAGUGGUGGUGCCGGCGGCGGCGGCGGCGGCUCCUGAGUCUUGCCGCCGCUGCCGCGUAUCGGCGCAUAGCUAGACGGUAGACGCCACUAUACCGUGGGCCGAAGUGGUAGUCGCGCGCUCGGCCCGAUUCGUGGUACUUUUUUUUUAAAAUUCGACGUUGUCGAGUUCGCAAAGGCAAAAGCCAUUCGUGGUCACGAGUGUGAUAUUAUUAUGUGCCCGCCGUUUUCGACGUUUAAGCCCCGCAGUACCGACCGUGGGAGGCCGUAACGCUUACGCCACCGUGUGUUCCGUUUACGCGGUCGUUAGUCGUUUUUUUUUUUUUUUUAUACAACAAAGUUUUUCCUUUUUCGAAAUCAAAUUUGACGUAAAAAAAAUAAAACGAAUUACAGAAUCGUUAAAGUAACGUAUAGUUAAUUAAAUCGACAUGGCGGCGUCCGGCAAUAGUACCGAUACGACGGUUACCAGCACGUCGACUUUCGCCGUCGUCGACGAGAUAACGAUGGCCAAAACGCUGGCCAUGAUCGUCCUGGGCUUGGGGUCGUUCGUCCUGGGCGUCAUACCGAUCAAGUUGGCCAAGUGGUGGCACAAGGAACCGGCGGCCGUCGAGGCGGCGUCGUCCAACUCUGCCGGACACUCGCAUCACCACGGCGCGGCGUCCUCGUCGCCGGUCGUGUCGCUGUUGCUGUGUUUCGGCGGCGGCGUGCUGCUGUUCACCACGCUGCUCCACUUGCAGCCGGAAGUCCGGGAGGGCGUGCGGAAUCUCCAGGAGGCCGGCAUGUUGCCGGACGGCUUGAGCAGCCUGGGCGAUCUGAUAUUCUGCGCCGGGUUUUUCCUCGUCUAUUUCCUCGACGAGAUCGUGCAUUCCGUGCUGGACAAGUGUUCCGUCGACUCGGACGACGACACCGAAGCGGUGCUGCACAGGUCGAUGAGCCUGCGGCGGUGCACCAUGUCCAUACCGAGGGCCUCGCUGACCGGUUCGCCGACGUCCGUGCCGUCUGUGACGGGCGCGUCGACGGCCAGCAUUAACGAGCUGCUGAAAGAGUCCAAGGACAAGCGGUACCACGCGUCGUGGAAGAACCGGCAGAUCAGGGACGCCGAGGAACAGACCAAACCGGCGGCGGACGCCGGCCGCGGCACGACGGCCAACCGAUCGUUCCGCGGUCUUUUCGCCGUGCUCGCCCUGUCGUUCCACGAGAUAUUCGAGGGCUUGGCCAUUGGAUUGGAAGAGCGCAUCGAAAACGUGUGGUACCUGUUCAUCGCGGUGGCGACGCACAAAUUGGUCAUAGCCUUUUGCGUCGGACUCGAGCUGGCCUGGUCCAAAACCCGGGUGCCCGUGCUCGUCAUGUACGUGGCCACGUUCGCCGUCGUCACGCCGGUGGGCAUUGCCGGCGGCAUGUGGCUAGUGCGGUACGGCGCGAGCGGCACGAUCGACGGAUCCCCAGGCACGGUGGCCGUGGUGCUCCAGGGCCUGGCCGCCGGUACGCUGUUGUACGUGGUCUUCUUCGAGGUGCUGGCCAGGCACAAACAGUCCGGAUUCCUACACUUGUUGGCCAUCCUUACCGGAUUCUGCAUAAUGCUCACGCUGCAACUGACAACGCACAAACACAGUCAUGGAUUACCAGAGAGCCAUCACCACCAACACGAUCAUGAACACCACCAAUUUAUGGAUCACGAACACUCAUCUCACGUGCACGAUCAUUCAUCACACGCGCAUGCACAUUAGAAUUACCCAAUUUUCUAAGUUACCAAGCCCAUCGUGAUCUACAUUUAAUAUUAAUUCAUAAUUUAUAUUUUUUAUGAUAUUAGUCAUGACUAUAAUGUAAUGAUAUUUUUCGCAAUGUAUUAUCGAAUACUUUUACAGGUAUUUUCAUUAUUUAUUUAUUUUGUAAGAGAAGAGACGAUCUUGUGCGGAUAUCGGAACGGUUAAAAAAUUAUUUUCCAUUGAUGUAAUUUUUUUUUUUAAUAAUUUUGAUAAUUAAAUAUUAUAAAAAAAAAUGUUGUUUUUUUACCCACUACGAACGUUUUAUUUUCGAAUCGCUAUUCUUUUUUUAUC